AUGGACAGUAAAAACAAAAGAAAACAAUCUGAUAAUAGUAAUCUAACAUUGGAUAGUUCUACAAUGGAAAUUGGCAUUAAUAAACAACCACGAUUAGAAAUCAAUGAAAGCAAUGAAAAAAGCAAUAGUAGUAAUGGUGAACUUGUAUUCUGGAAGGUAUUUAGAAAUAAUGUAAUAUUCAAAAAAAUAUUUUCAAAUUUCAAAUUCAAUCAUAUAUUUACAUAUGACCGUGUAAUAGGUACAAUUUAUAUAUUCAAAAACUUUAGUAAUGCAAAAGCAAUAAUCAUUGAUAAAGUCAUGAGUAAAAACUAUUGUAUUAGAAACUUACUCGAAGUAGAUAUAAUUAUAUCUCGAGUCACCAAAAAUACAAAAGAGAAUAAAGAAUUUUUUAUUAAAUUAUUUUCCACAUUUCCAUAUUACAGCAAAAAUACCCACGAACCCCCCCAAUUCGAAGAUAGUCAGUACUGGUUACAAUUUAUUGUUGAAAGCAAUAAUAUCCCGGCUUAUCAAGCAUACAUUACAGUAUUUAAACUAGAUCAGAAAAAAAUCAUAUCAGCACUAAAAAAGUUUGAUCCUGAAGAUCUAGAUUUGGAUAAACUAUACAAAAUGCAAGUUUAUUUAGAGUCAGUCGGAAUCAAAGUUAACUUAGUAUCAUUAAACGAUGCCAUUCAAACAUUCCCAUAUAAAAAGAAACUCAAAAGCUUAAUAAAAUUUUACAAUACUAUAAUUAAAAAGCACACACCAAAUAAAAAGCAAAUCCUAAUAGCACAGCAACUAAAUGGUCCAAUAGAUUUAAAUCAGUUAAACCAAACUCAGCUAAAUUCAACAAUAGACGAUAUAUCAAUUUCAGGUGACCAAAGCUUAAAAGACUUGAAACCAACUAUUCACAAAAUAUUUAAAUACUUAUACUCAAUAAAUAAAUCAAAUCACAGUGACCGAAAAAACCCAUAUUGUAAACCAAUUUUAUACUAUGUAUAUUUUAAAGCACAAUCAAAGGCAAACUUAAUCAACAACACAAGAAAAGACAAAAAGAAUAAAGUAUUGAAGUCAAUCGAUUUAUUUAUAGAUUCAAAUAGUUUUUUUGAAAAAACUUUGUUUAUUUCAAAUACCGAUUCAUGCAAAGAUUUUCAAAAAAGUGUUAUUGACACAAAUUUCAUCCCAACAGAAUCAAAAACUUUUUUUUCCUUCCAAAGAGUUAUAAUUAGUACAGGUGACAUGGCUCUGAUUGAUUAUCUAUUUAGCAAAUUUAAAAACUUUUGUUGUUUUGGCGAUUCUCAUAUCUAUGAAACAUUAUCUCUUAUAAACAAGGAAGAAGUUUUCAAUUACUUUUAUGAAAAAGUGGAAUCAAUCAAUAGUGAUAGAAACUCAUUGUGGCCAUAUGUCAGCGAAGAACUAUUAGAGAAUUAUGAAAAACUAAUGAAGAAUGAUUCAAAAAAGUUUUCAAUAUCACAACUUAGAAACCCCCACAAAUUCAAUUUAAAAAACCUUGAGAGAGCAUUAAGAAACCCAUCACUAUAUAUUGUUCAAGAUAAUGUAGGUAUAAAUAGUUUUAAUAGUGUUUUUUGUUUAAAACUAUAUUAUGGUGAACAAGAUUUAGUUAUAUCCAUAUUAGAAAUGUUAAUAUCACUUGAAAAAAAUUCAGAUUACCUUCUCAAUAUUGUUCAAAUUGCUGGGUCUUAUCAAUCUCGCCUGAUCUAUAAACUCCUCCACUGGGUAUUCAGAGAUCUUUCAGAUCAAGAUAUAAUCGAUUCUUUCAGAAAAAAAGAUUCAUCGCUAAUAAUCAGAUCAGGUAUCUGUCCAACAAAUAAUCAAAAGUAUCAAAUUAAAAUUCACGAAUAUAACUGUCACAUUUUCCUUUUUCUAUGGAAAUGUGGACGUUUUGAUGCCUUUUUUAAAGUAUUUAGUUAUGAUUUUUUAGAUAAUUUCUAUAAUGAUGACCUCAGCCUUACUCUUUGUCCAUUAAAGUUAGUAGAUUAUUUUUUAGAAUCAAACAAUAUAGAAGAAAAUGAAUAUUUCAAUGGUCUAAUAAUAAAAUCAGCAGCAACAGGUAUCUUAUCAGUAUUCAAAGCCAUUCUCAUUAAAAAACCUUCAAUUUUAAAAAUUAAAGAUAUAAAAAAUCCCACAUCAAUCUAUAGCAACAAAGAAUUAAAAGAAAUAGUCGCUACAACAAUAGAUAACAACAAUUUAGAAUUAACACACUUUUUAUUACAACACAUUAAUUUUUCAAAAAAAGAUUUAAAUUACUUAAAUAAACUAUAG